CAGGAUAGCCAAUGUUGCAUUGGCUGCUUGCGAUGUCAGUCAAUUCCCCUACUCGUUCUGCGCUCACAGUAAGCUUAGGCCUGGGGGUUUGUUUUGGGGGGAGGGAAAGAUACUGCACCAUAGUGGCACAGUGAGCCCUGGGCAGGUGCCCCAGUUGCCCUUUUAUUAAAGUGGCCCUGGUACUGAUGAGGGAUCAAGGCAUAAUCUUCUAUCUGAUCCAUGUCUGCUGUAUGGGAUCCGGACCACAAGGGGCAUUGAAACCCUAGAAGGAGAACCUUAAACUUCCCUAAGCUGUCUCCUCAUGGUGUCACAUCCUGCUGUCUCUGUUCUGCCUUUACUGCACUGACCUUGAUCAUCUGUUUGUGCUAUAUUGCCUCUGUGGAUCUGAAGCCAGGCUGCUACAUAGUAACUCUUAGGUAAACUGGUGUCUUUGAGUAAAACUAUGACCUCUGAAGUGACAGUGAGUAGCUCAGGGGCAAACCUACCUAAGCCCGCGUAUAAAGAAUACUACUGGCUGCGAUCAUUUGUAGCAGGAGGGGUGGCCAGUUGCUGUGCCAAAACAACCAUUGCACCUUUGGAUAGGAUCAAGAUCUUACUCCAAGCUCAGAAUGUUCAUUACAGGCAUUUGGGGAUAUUGGCCACAGCAUUUGCAGUCCAAAAGAAGGAAGGGUUUCUUGGUUUGUAUAAAGGGAAUGGAGCUAUGAUGGUCCGAAUUUUUCCAUAUGGCGCUAUACAGUUUAUGGCAUUUGACAAAUACAAAAAGAUGAUAAAAAAAAAGAUAAAACAUUCUGAACAUGUUCCCAGAUUAAUGGCUGGAUCCAUGGCUGGUAUCACUGCUGUUAUUUUCACAUACCCUUUGGACAUGGUCAGAGCACGGCUUGCAUUUCAAGUAAAAGGAGAACACAGAUACAAUGGAAUUAUCCAUGCCUUCAAAACAAUAUAUUUAAAGGAAGGAGGUAUCCGUGGAUACUACAGAGGACUUGUGCCCACCAUUGUAGGAAUGGCCCCCUAUGCAGGGUUUUCUUUUUUCACCUUUGAGACUUUGAAGACAGCUGGGCUAAGACAUGCACCAGAACUGCUUGGGAAGCCAUCAUCUGAUAACCCAGAUGUCAUGGUUCUGAAGACCCAUGCCAGCUUGCUCUGUGGCGGCAUUGCAGGCGCUAUUGCACAGAGCAUCUCUUACCCUUUGGAUGUGACUCGACGGCGUAUGCAGUUAUCAGCAAUAUUACCAGAUUCAGACAAAUGCAGGACCAUGUUCCAGACCCUGAAAUAUGUGUGCAUGCAGCAUGGAAUAAGAAGAGGACUGUACCGAGGCUUAUCCCUGAAUUACAUCCGAUGCAUUCCUUCUCAGGCUGUGGCCUUUACUACCUAUGAAUUCAUGAGACAGGUCUUGCACCUGAACUAGAAUCUUCUCACUCACUUGCACAGUGUUAAUAAACAGCAGCCAAUCAUGUACAGUGUAAUAUAUUCUGACAAUAGAUAAGAGUGUAUCCUUCCCAGCACCCAUGUCAGUGUCUGCUCCUUCACAGGGCUUGUCUGCUUGGGUCUGUCAGAGACAAAACUGGCUUUUGUAAAAUAAGAGUGUUCUUUUGUAAAAUAUGUUUUGGGAAUGUGUGUGUGUGUGUGAUUUUAUAAAAAGUUGAUUUAAUCAUAUUUAAUGUUUAAAAUAAUUUAAAGAAUACUAAACCUAAAAUGUGGGAUUCCAGAUGCAUGAUUUUUAUAGUUUUAUUUUUUUAGAUAUCCUGUAAUUCCACUGAAGGAGUGUUUAAUACCAUUACUGGACUGGUUCUAUAGUUCUGUACAGAAAUUGCUGAAGAAUGUCUGUUUGUGUUGGGGAUGCCUGGAGAGAGGAAGAAUAUUGAAGUGUUCAGAGUUAAAGUAUCCCAGUACUCUUUGAAUAAGAGUACCACCAGCCCAGGGUAGGAAAUAAAGCUGCCGAUAUUUACACCAAUAAUAUGGAAAACACAAUUGUGUACUAUUAUUGGUACGCGUAUGGCAACUGAGAUCUGUGUACUAUAAAAAUCAGUUAAUUGGGAAUUAGGCAGGUUUGAACAUUUGAAACCAUUUUGGUCAGUGCGUGCUACAUCGGAAGAUGCGCCAGUGAAGAGGCGCAGGAGCCCUUCCUCACUUCAUUCUCAUCAGAUUGUUUGUGCUCAUUGCGUGGGACAGUAGAAAGGGAGCCUUACUGUAGGUGGCCCCUCAUAUGAUCUCUCGGCCUGUAUAUAGCCACCUUUGGCAAUUAAAAGCACUAAGGAAUGCCUUAUAUAUUGGCACCACCCAGUGUUUUUCAGACUUUUGUUUUUCUUUACGUGGACCAAUUUCAGAAAUACCGAUAAUUUCUUCUUGGAGAGUGUUUGCAGUGAAAAAUAAAAGUCUUCCCUAAAGAACAAUAGAAAGCUACAGAACAGAUCAUUCUCUCUCUCUUUUUGUUACUUUUCUACUGGAGUAGAGUUAAUUCAUUUACAGCCAAUAUUUCUUUAAGACUGAAAAGUUUUUCUGCACAGUGUAUAUGUGCAUUGUCCUCGCUGACUGGUUUAAAUGUGAUCCCUGGGAAGCCAUGGAGCAAGGAGCAUCUGUGUGCUUCUAUAGUCAUAUAUGCAUAACAUGAGCCUUUUAUGAAAUAAAAAUAACAUGGAGAUAGGAUUACAACACUGGCAUUUCCCAACAAUGCCAUCAAGUUAUGUAAAUCUUUUAGAGCAUUGCUGAUCAAUCAAUAGUAUUGUUACAUUGCUGAGCCUAGUACCAAUAAAAUAGCACCAGGGAACUCAGGGUUUGUUUCUUCAAAUGCCUGAACAGCAGGAAUUUCAGUAUGGAAUGUAUGACGUACUAAACUACGUUUUUCUGGUUUUAAGGUUUUUUGUCUUAUUAAUCUUAUAAAUGAUCUACUAAAUCAGUGAUGGUUCCCUUGUUUAUGCUAACCUUAAAGACAAUGUAUAAGCCCAGUGAAAGUUUGGCUGGGGCUGUUUUUAUCCUGUUGUGACAAGGGCUUUUUUGUGUUUUAUAUUCAUGCUGUCUUGUCUUUAAAUCUGCAGGUUAAUAAAACUAUUUUCUGUAUGAUAAAAUGUGAAAAAACAGCUUUGUCCAUGUAUGUACACCACUUUCACUGUUCCAUCCUACAAUAUGAAAGGAUGAUUAAAUGAAUUGAGAAAUCA